AGGUAAGCAGGAAAUCAGAAGAACUUUUUCCACUGGCUGGCAACUUGAGAAUUUGUUAAGAUGGAUGCGCUGCGCCUACGUGGUUCGCAAUUCAACCGCUAUGGUGGCAACUCUGGCUCUGGAGGCAAUCAGAAUACGCCACAGCCACCGCAGGUGCACGGUAAGCCGGAGCCUUUAAUUGUUGUGGAGGAGUCCAACCUGCCGGAGGAACUGGAGGAUAGCUCGGAGACAACAUUCUCGAAUCGCGCCAGUCUGGACAUUGACUCACCCGUGAACCCAUAUUUGCUCUCCCCAUGGCGGGAUCCGCGCGAGGCGCGCAAGCACUCGCUGCCCUCGCAGCAGGUGACCGAUGGAAUCACCGCCAGUCAGGUGCGGCGACUCUCCGAGCGCGGCGGCGAGGGCUCCGGACCAUCGCCCAAGGAGGCCGCCUUUCUCGCCACCCUCUCACAAGCGCCGGCACCGUCUGGACGCCGCCACUCGGUGGUCACCAUCUCCAAGGUGCCCACAACUCUGUUUGGACGUUCGCGACGCGAAUCGGUGGCCGCCUAUCCCAGCAGCAAUGGAAGCAGCCGCGUGCUCAACUCACGGCGGGAGAGCAACACGGGUCCUCCUUCGACAGAUCCCAUCGGCAGCAUUCACAACUUGCAGCUGGACAUUAUGGAUGACAUUUACUUGCAGUCGCGGAAGGCGCGCUUGAAGCUGUGGACCUCCAGCAACGAGAAGGUCUGCGAGGUGCAGACCGUUGACGAGGCCGGCACAGCGGCACCGGGCAGGCGCUACACCAAUCGCCGCUUCUCGGAGUGCCCCCAGCCGCAGCCGGCUAGCAGCUUUCGCCGGGCCUCGGAGUAUCCACAGCCGCAGGCGCAGCCGCAGACGCAGACACAGACACACGGCCAAGCACAUGGACACGGACAGGGACACGCGUCUGCAUCGCAGAUGAGCAUCUCGCCCCAGCCGCCGUCAUCGGCCAGGGCCUCGACACGGCGUAAGAAGUCGGGCAGCGGAGUUGGCCUGCUGGGUAGCCGUACGGACAUCGCUGGAAUCUUUAGCUCUUUGACCAGCUCGGCCAUGGACAUGCACCGCUCGGAGCCGGAGGGGAGCUCCAGUGCCAGUGCCAGCUCUUCAGCGGCAACGGCUGGAAGUAGCCCCUUCCUCAGUCAAACGUUCCAAAAUGCCGCGCGAGGUCGCGCAACCAGCGCCACGCCCACGCCCACGGCCAACACUGGGGGACAGGCGGCAGUGGCAAGCAGCAGCUCGCUGCUGGACCCAAAUGCAGGCCGCUCCACGCGAUCCAAUAGCUUUGACGUCUCGAUCCUGAACAAUGCCAAGCAGCUGGUGACUGAGGCGCAGGACAACAGCUCGGCGGCCAUAUCCGGGUGGUUUGGCAAGCCGGCAAGUCGCACUCAGCCGAUGGCCCGCAAGAAGAGUGUGCGCAGCAAGAGCACGGCCAUGGCACUCUCGAAGGAUAUGCUGGACCGACUGCAGAAGAAGGACCCGCUGGGCGGGGACUCCGGCAAGCCGAAGCUCAAGCCUCGCAGCAAGCAAAAGAGUUGGGCCGACACCACCAAGGCGAACAUUGUGGACGCCACAAUGCUGGGAACUGCGAUCGAGGGUUUCCUUCGCAAGGGCUCCAAUGCCGGCAUGCCGGGGGCAGGGAGUUCGGGCGGAGCCUCCACAUCGUCGGCUGCCCGCGGGGCUGUGCCCAAGGAGUCGAACAGCGCCACGAGCAGUCCAGCCGGAGCUCGACGCAGCCGGGCGUCUGUGGGCAGUGGGGCACAGUCGCAGGCUGGACGGGCCAUGCGAUCCACACUGAAUUGGUUUAGCAAGGGCGAGGAGGACGACUCGAAGGACACGUGCGAUGCUUCGCUGUGCUCCACACUCAAGGAUCUAUUCGUUAAAUAGGUCGGGGGACGCAGAGGCAAGUAAAGCUCUGGGACUGACCCCUAAACAGAUCCUGGCCGUUCAGCAAAGGCGAGCUACUUGUAUCUCUGAGAUCCGGAAAUAUUCGUAUCAUUUGUUAACCAUUAGAAGAAACCGAAGCCGACAGCUAAAGCGAACUUCAACGCCAGACAAAAGCAAACGGCAGCGAACAAGCCAACUAAGAGUAACCGCAAUUUUCAAUCUAAAUGUCGCGGAAGAGACCCGUAUUCCCACUUUGAAUACCAUUAACAGCAACUCGCAGCAAACACUCUCUUGCAGAGUCAAAUAAUAUUUGUAAUACUUUAUUGAACACAGUUAGUAAAUCACAUUUUAGAGCUACCGAAAUACUAGAU